ACUCACCCUGUCUGCUCAGCGGAACCCCAGGGUCCACAUCCUGGGGGAGGGCAUGGGGUGGCCGUGCCUCUGCCAUCACAAGAGGUCAUAAAACAAACGUGCAGCCUAAUAAUGUAACAGAAGGGCACCCCAGCCAUCCACCAUCCAAGCAAAGACUAGAAAUCCCCACGCAGCUCCCCUCCCCGACGGGCACCGCCUCUCAGACUCUCCAGACACAGGAGCAAUGAUUGGUCCGGGGCCCCCAGAGUGCGUGUCUCUAAAUGCCGCCGAUUGGUUCCUAAAGGACGAGGACCACCCAUCACCAUGGUGAAGCUGGGCUGCAGCUUCUCCGGGAAGCCGGGCAAGGACCCCGGGGACCAGGAUGGGGCUACCACGGACAGCGUCCCUCUGAUCAGCCCCCUGGACGUCAGCCAGCUCCAGCCACCAUUCCCGGACCAGGUGGUUAUCAAGACACAGACAGAAUACCAGCUGUCCCCCCCGGACCAGCCAAAGAAGUUCCCCGACCUGGAGGCCCAGAAGCUGGCCUGUAACCACCCUGAGGAAGGACGCAGGCUGCCCACAGCGCGGAUGAUCGCCUUUGCCAUGGCGCUCCUGGGCUGUGUCCUGAUCAUGUACAAGGCUAUCUGGUAUGACCAGUUCACCUGCCCCGACGGCUUCCUGCUCCGGCACAAGAUCUGCACCCCGCUGACCCUGGAGAUGUACUACACCGAGAUGGACCCCGAGCGCCACCGCAGCAUCCUGGCGGCCAUCGGGGCCUACCCGCUGAGCCGCAAGCACGGCACGGAGACGCCCUCGGCCUGGGGGGAGGGCUACCGCGCCGUCAAGGAGGGACCCAAGGCGCCCACCCAGGCGGGGGCGGCGGCGGCGGCGGCGGCGGCGGCGGCGGCCACCGAGCCCCCCGGGAAGCCCUCCGCGCCGGGAGAGAAAGAGGCGGCGCGGAAGGCGGCAGGCAGCGCCCCGCCCCCGGCCCCCCAGUGAUGGCCCCUCCGCACCUGCAGCCCGGGUAGGUGUGCUCAGGCGGCAUGGGGGUCGUGGGCAGGGCGGGGGUCCGGUGAGCUGGAAGCCGGGGGACGGGGUUCAGCCUGGCACCUCUUCCCACGCAGGUGGGCGGCGAGGGGGGACGCGGGCCCACCUCGCAGCGCCGGCUCUCGCCCCUGCUUCCCUCUGUCUUGGCAGCGCCCCCUGCCGGCACCUGUGACCGCCCUCGCCCGACGCUCUCCCAUCUCGUGGUCGUGCCCCUGCUUCCAGGACCCCUCGCUGACGCCCCCUGCCCCCGAGCUUGCAGCUCUGUUGCUUUUCUCUAAGUAAAGAUUCAUAUCCACCUGGG